AUGAGUCAAGUCUCGGAGAAAGCACCCGACAGGAAAUGGUGGAAGGAAGCCAUUGUCUACCAGAUCUAUCCCGCGUCGUUCCUUGAUACCGAUUCUAAUGGUAUCGGGAACAUAAACGGGAUCACAGCUAAGCUGGACUAUCUCAAAGAACUGGGCGUGGACAUUCUCUGGAUUUCACCAAUUUACGAAAGUCCACAGAAGGACAUGGGUUAUGACAUUUCGAAUUACCGUGGAAUUCAUCGGCCCUAUGGCACAAUGCAAGACGUGCACCACUUAAUCGACGAGCUCAAGGCACGCGAUAUGAAGCUCAUCAUGGAUCUAGUGGUCAAUCACACCUCAACUGAGCAUCCCUGGUUCAUCGACUCAGCCUCGUCUGCAGUAAGCGCGCGACGAGACUGGUAUAUCUGGCGUAAGCCAAAGUAUGACGCCCAGGGUAAUCGGCAGCCACCGAAUAACUGGUGUAGCCUCUUUGACGAGACAGAGUCGGCCUGGACCUAUGACUCUAAGACGGAUGAGUACUAUCUUUCUCUCUUUAGUCCUUUUCAGGCCGACCUUAACUGGGAGACCCCGUUCGUCAGAGAGGAAGUCUGCGAUAUCCUGCGCUUCUGGCUCGACAAGGGCGUCUCUGGUUUCCGGAUGGACGUCAUCAACCUCAUCUCCAAAGACCAGAGAUUUCCCGACGCAGAGAUCCGUCACCCAGGCAGGAAGUACCAGCCGGGAGAGUGCUACUUUGCCAACGGGAUCCGUCUCAUGGACUAUCUCCAGGAGAUGAAGACCGCCGUAUUCUCAAAGUACGAUACUCUCACUGUCGGCGAGAUGCCAUACCUUGAGAACGAAGAGGAGAGACUCAAGAUGGUCGAGGCUGAAGAAGGCGUGCUCAACAUGAUCUUCACCUUUGAGAUGAUCGGCCUUGACAUCGUUCCUGAAAAGGGCCGCUUCAGCAAUAAGCCGUGGAAGGUCAGUGAGCUGAAGGACAUCGUCGCCAAGGCAUGCAGGCUCGUGGAUCAGAACGGGUGGCAUACGCUAUUCUGCGAGAAUCACGACCAACCUCGUUCCGUCACGCGUUUCUGCGAUGAUUCGGAUGAGCAUCGCGUCGCAGGCACCAAACUCCUUUCAAUCAUGCAGACCAGCCUUCCUGGUACCUUAUAUCUGUAUCAGGGAGAAGAGCUGGGUAUGCGGAACGUGCCCAAGUCCUGGGAAUUUGAGGAGUACAUAGACAUUGAGUCUAUUUCCUACAUCAAGAAUGUCUGCGCCCAGUUCCCAGAAGGAUCUCCUGAAAGGAAAGAGGCAAAGAACCUUCUGCGCCUCAAAGCGCGUGACAAUGCCAGGACUCCUAUGCAGUGGGACUCUACAUCCAACGGCGGCUUCUGCCCCGCGGGAGUCAAACCCUGGAUGCGCGUAAACGACGACUACACCAUCGUCAACGCAGCGCUACAGACUUCUGCAGGACGGGCAAACGACCGUACCAUGCUUGUGUCGCCUUAUCGGUUCUGGCAGCGAGGUAUCCAGAUACGCAAGAAGUAUAAAGACAUGCUCGUCUAUGGGGAUAUCGAGAUUAUUGAUGGGACACACCACAAUGUCUUUGCGUUCAAGAGGACCAGCAACGACAGACAUUCCAUCACCAUUCUUAACUUUAGUAAGGACGAGGUGACCUUCAAGUUUCCUGAAGGUGAGGGGGUCAGAGGUUGGGCUCUUGGGAGUUACGACGUGUUGUCUCUGGAGAGGCCCAGGUCGGGGGAGAUACAGCUCCUACCUUGGGAGGGUCUACUUGGUAUUGCUUGA